UACCAUAGCAGUCACAUAAUGCUUCACAGAAAUAGCUGGCAUGGGCAAAUCUUUUUGUCCUUGUUGGUGACCCAUUUUUUGGUCGCAGGUGUUGUCUUUUCUUGUGAACUAUUCAAGUAUGACUGAUGCAUUGUAAUCUUGUUGAGUCCAUUUCAGUGACAGAAUUAUGUGAAUAUGCUGCAAAUGUUGAUAUUCCCAUUGCAAGAGAGUCAAUUCGAGCUGUUGGGAAAAUAGCUCUGCAGCAGUAUGAUGUGAAUGCUAUUGUAGACAGACUGCUUCAGUUUCUGGAGAUGGAAAAGGACUAUGUGACAGCUGAAACUCUGGUGCUUGUAAAAGAUCUUCUCAGGAAAUAUCCUCAAUGGAGCCACGAUUGUAUUGCAGUUGUUGGGAAUAUCAGCAGCAAAAAUGUUCAAGAACCAAAAGCUAAGGCAGCUCUUAUUUGGAUGUUGGGAGAGUAUUGUCAAGACAUGCAGGAUGCUCCUUAUGUCUUGGAAAGUCUAAUUGACAGCUGGGAUGAUGAGCAUUCUGCUGAGGUUCGUUUGCAUCUUCUUACAGCCGUAAUGAAGUGUUUCUUGAGAAGGCCACCUGAGACUCAGAAAGCCUUGGGAGUUGCUUUGGCUGCUGGUCUUGCUGAUUUUCAUCAGGAUGUUCAUGAUAGAGCCUUAUUCUACUACAGACUUUUGCAAUAUAAUGUUUCUGUAGCAGAAAAUGUGGUGAAUCCUCCGAAGCAAGCCGUUUCUGUCUUUGCAGAUACUCAGAGUAGUGAAAUCAAAGAUCGGAUAUUUGAUGAAUUCAACAGUCUAUCUGUUAUAUACCAGAAGCCUUCCUACAUGUUUACUGAUAAGGAGCACCGAGGCCCAUUUGCUUUUUCAGAAGAACUAGGAAAUCUAUCCAUUGGAGUUGAAUCUGUCAGUAAUGUAGUGUCUGCCCAGAUGGUCGAGGCAAAUGACAACGAUCUCCUUCUAAGUACUUCAGAGAAGGAAGAAAGUAGAGUUCCCAGUAGCAAUGGUUCUGCAUAUAGUGCUCCUUCAUAUGAUGCCUCUACAAAUCAACCAUUACCAGCACAUUCUGAGCAAGCCAGCUUGGCCAUUGAUGAUCUCCUUGGUCUAGGAUUGGCAAUUGCACCUAAUCCUGCUCCUUCACCACCACCUUUGAAGCUUAAUGCAAGAUCUGUUCUAGAUCCAAGCACUUUUCAGCAGAAAUGGCGCCAACUACCAAUAUCAGUAUCACAGGAAUACAAUAUAAAUCCACAAGGAGUGGCAGCAUUGACAACCCCUCAAGCCCUCCUCCAGCACAUGCAAGGACAGUCCAUCCACUGCAUUGCCUCAGGUGGUCAAGCCCCAAAUUUCAAAUUCUUCUUCUUUGCACAAAAAGCAGAGGACUCGUCUACCUUUCUUGUAGAGUGCGUAAUCAACUCGUCAUCAUGUAAAGCUCAACUAAAGAUCAAAGCUGAUGAUCAGACUACGUCUCCGGCCUUCUCAGCUUUGUUCCAAUCAGCUUUGUCCACAUUUGGUAUGCCCUAGUCUUUCGUCCGUGUCUUCAUCACUACACAGAUAAGUUUUGAUUUAAUUCCCGUUAUCUAAUGAAAAAAUGAGAGUUUUUUCUACAGCAUUAGAUUAGUGUACAUUAUGAGAGAAGAUCAAGGAUUGUCGUUCUUGGCCCGUGGUUGGUUGAUAUCCGACCCUAACUAAAGUUACAGCUUGUUUGAUUGCAGAAAACCAUAGUUAUUUUUUUUCCAGUUAGGUUCUGCACCAUGAAAUUGUGUGAAAGUGAUAUAGUUAAUAUUUUUUCAGUUAGGCACCUUGAACUUGUGUGAAAGUGAUAUGUGAUUAGAAUUCCCAACUGGGUUGUAACCAACUCUGUUUUUCUUAGAGAACUUUAGGGUGGUGUUUGGAUUUUGGAUUUGUGGAGAGUAAAGAAAAAGAAAAGGGAAAAGUGAAUCAAAUAUUUGUUUUCUUUCAUAAAUUCCUUUUCUUUUA